AUGUCAGAGAGCAAUCUGGCCGUCUGCUUUUCACCUUCACUCUUCCAUCUCAACUCGACCUCGUUGGCAAGCUCGAUUAAUGGCACUGGCCUGCUAGCCAGCCAGCAAAUAUCAGCUGCUCGGCUUCCUCACUCGACGACACAGGCUUCAACAGUCCUCACCACCAGUACUACACUCAGCGCCAUCAGUACCGGGGACGCUGGCACCAACGUCCUAGAGGGCUGCAGUCCCGGCUCACCUAACGACAGUGCCAGAAGCGGCUCGGCUAAUAAUAUUGUGGUCAGUCCAGCUCGUCUGCAUAACAUCGUCCUCAUUGGCAGCACCAAUUCCACCUCCGGAUCACCACCGGGCUCACCGCCAGGACCUGGCAUCGCGUCCGAGCCGAAGGCUCUGUCAGACCAGCGCGCCUCGCAGGCCUGUCUCGCCAUGAUGAUUGCCUGUGCCCCCGACCUUUUCACCACACGCUGCUCUCUGGUUUGGUCGUCAGUGCCUCUUCCUCGGCCCUUAGUUCCCGGAGAUACUAUCGCCUCGGAAGCCAAACUUGACGCGUGGCUGAGGGGACGUGCUAAGGAAGUGGCCCAUGACUGCUCGUUAGAGCCGAGCUCACGAGAGGGUAGCAAGACGAAAGGCUGGAUUUCUAUAACUAAAGAAGCAAUACGGCUCUACACAGCAGAGUGA